UUUCUAACAAAAUGGUAUCUUUGGUUACAGGCCUUCUAUCUUCAACCUUGUGGUACACCUUGUACUGAAUCUUAGGUAUUCUGGCAUAUGCAGUAAUUGUACUGAUAAUUAAACCCUACCUGGUGUAUAGGAGAUUUAAAAGGUUCCCUAAUGUAUACACCAGUCCUUCCUUCCGCCCUUUGAUUGGAGAUGUACUUGAUGCAAUCAGAGAUAUGAAGAGUGACAGAGCUCAUUAUCAUAACCGAAGAGUUAUUGCAGAUGAUCUCCAGAAUUACGAUAUGAGGCUCAGAUAUGAAGGAACAGAGCCGGUCUUACUAAUGGUCUCAAGCGAAGCAAUAGAAGAGUUCAUCAAACUUACACCCAUGAAGAUCGAUCGUUAUAACUCUAACAAAGGACUUUCUAAAUUAGCCGGGAAUACUUUAAGUAUGAUCAGGAGUAAGAAAGAGUAUGUUGGAAGAAGAAAAUUGUUGAUGAAUGAGCUAAGCUUAAAUUCUUCCUCCAAAUAUACCCCUAUCAUGAUAGACCAUACUCUAUCCCUUAUUGAUGAAUUUCAAGAUGGUAAACAGAUUAACUUAACUCCUAAAUUUGCAGAGCUGACCCACAGGAUAUUCACAACAAUCCUCUUUGGAAAGGUUUGUGAUGACUUGGUGAAUGACAAAAUUCCUUAUGAACACCCAGAUGGAAGGAUAGAAUAUCUUCAUAUUAGAGAUGCUCUACUGAAUCUCUCUAAAGCUUACUACAUGCAUUUGCUUCAUCCUCUUACUAAUAUGUUCAGAUUUGUCAGUGAUUAUAAACUACUUAAUCCUUUUAAGAGAGACCAUAAAAAUCUUACAAAUUACGAGGAUGCAAUGAGGAAAAUCUUUUACAAAGCCAAAGGGCCAGACUCAAUCUGUGGAAGGAUCCUAUCGAACACUGAUUUUUCAGAGAAUGAUAAAUUUUUCGACAUUAUGAUGUUGAUUUUUGGUGGAACUGAGACUUCAUCCCAUGGUAUUCUUUCCUCACUUUACUUUCUCAAAAAGCAUCCAGAGACGCAUACUAAGUUAGUCAAAGAACUUCAGGAUAAUGGAGUUACAAAAGAAUUCAUCCUUUCUCAAAAAGAUUCAGAGUCUGGGAGGAAAUUUUUAGAUAUAAUUCAGGACUGUGACUAUCUCAACUGUUGCAUAAAGGAGGUUCUCAGAAUUGACAGUCCAACAGUUGAAGUAUUUCAUUAUUCUGCAUUAGAUGAUAUAACUAUAAGAGAUGUACAAAUCCCUAAAGGAACUAUUAUGAGGACAGAGAUUCAUAGCGUUCACUAUAUGGAGAAAUACUGGAAAGAUCCCUCAGUAUUUAAACCUGAAAGACAUAAUCCAGACUCUGACUUUUUUAAUCAAUCAAAGACUGAAGGGAAGCCUUAUAAUCACUUUAUCAAAGGAUCUUUUGGACAUGGCACUAGGACAUGUCCUGGCCAAACUUUUGCAAUGAUUGAACUAAAGGUCAUACUAGCUGUCCUCCUCACUUUUAUGGACUACGAAAUUGAUGAAGAGUCGAUCACACAAGAAGGAGUUGGCUUUGCAAUUGGGAGUGCUUGCAUCUUAGCACCUAAGAUUAUGCUGAAAUAAAAUUGUACAGAAAAUUUAAAUUUCA